AUUUAUAUUUGUAUUUACGACGUUUGGUGACAUUUAAAUCACGUGAUAGUAAAUGUCAUUCAUAAUUAACAUCUUUUGGCGCGUAUUUCGUUUGACUACUUUACCCACGUGUAGUACUCUAUUGAUACGAAUUCAUUGAACAAUUUGAAUACAAAUGUCAGCUGUAUCGUUUCAUUGAAAAUCCAACAGAUGUCGCUUUUAAUAUCUAUCGUGUAGUAUUGCACGCGGUAAAUUUUCUUACCGUGUAACAUGACAUUAUAUUAUUUGCUAAUAUCGAAUAAGUUUACUUGAUAUUUUAUUGAAUUUUGAUAAGAUUAUUUGUAAAAUUAUACACGAUGGAUUAUCAAGAGGAACAACGAAAUGAAAUCGAAGCUUUGGAAUCAAUAUAUUGUGGAGAAAUGGAAAUCUUAAGUACAGAGCCAUUCUAUUCGUUCGCAAUACCAAUUAAAACAGAGGAAUAUGAAGCAGAAACAGACAAUGGUUUGAGUUGUCGAUUAGAAUUUACUUAUACGUCAGAAUAUCCAGACAAACCUCUUGUUGUUUCAAUACAAGAUCCUGAAAACUUUGAAGAAAGUAGUGCUGAGGAAUUGACUAAACAUUUGAUUGAACAAAUCAAUGAAAAUUUAGGAAUGGUAAUGGUCUUUACGUUGGUCAGUGCGGCACAAGAAUGGAUGAAUGUACAAUGGGAUAAAAUAAAAUUGCACAGGGAAGAAUAUGCUGCUUUAAAACUUAAAGAGGAGGAAGAAGCUGAAAGAAAAAGAUUUGAAGGAACCAGAGUUACCGUAGAAACUUUCCUAAGCUGGAAGGAAAAGUUUGACGAAGAAAUGGGUCACACUAAGAGAAAAGAAAUGGCAGAUCGAGAAGGAAAGAAAUUAACAGGAAGAGAAUUAUUCAUGACAGAUAGAACCUUAGAUCAAUCUGACCUUAAAUUCCUAGACGAUGGAGAUGCAGUGAAAGUAGAUGAGAGCUUAUUUCAAAAUCUGGAUGAUCUCGAUUUGGAGGAUGAUGAUGAUGAUGAGGAUGAUCCUGAUUAUGAACCAAAUAACUCUGACAAUGAGAGUGCCUAAAAAGAUAAAUCUAAACUAAUCCGAUUGUAUAUUUCGUAAAUCAUUGUUAUUUUAUGAUGACCAUCAUCGAUAAGUUCAUAUGAUCAAAAUAUUUGCUAAAUUUGUCGAACUUAAAAUUGUAAUGUUUAAAAGAUUCAUUUUAAGUAUCGAUAUUAUUUAGUGGGUUUUAAAAAGAAAAGAAAACAAAAAAAAACUUGUACACAUCAAACAUAUUGCUGAGGGAUAACACUAAAGAAAAGAAAAGAAAAAGAAAUGAUACAUUUUUUCCAAAUGAUUGGUGCUGCGUUCCCAUAAUUAUAUACAUACAUAUAUAUAUAUAUAUAUUUAAAAGUUGCUAUCAAAUGAAGAAUGGUUGUAACUUAAUGAUUGGUAUGAUGUGAACAAAUGAGAGAUGGUUGAUUCAAAUAUGAUCGAAAUCAUUUUUAUAAGUGUGUAAAUAGAAAUUUUCUUUUCAUAAAACGCUUUGUUUAUUAAUUGUUCGUUUAUUUUCUUCUCAUUUUUCACUGUGUGGCUAGUUUCUUCUAUCAUAAAUCUCUCGUAUUUCCAAAUGUAGGUAGUGUAAUUAUAUGAUCGAAUAUUAUUUUAACAUUUAUAAUUCAACAUUUAUUUAUUAGCAUCGAAACAAUAUAUCUUAUGAUCUUAAUGAAUAGGAUAUUUACCCUUUUACAAUUUUUCUUCUUCGUCUUUUUUUUUUGAGACAAAAAAUAUUUGAAUACGCAAUAGGAAACAUUGAAUUAAAAUAAGGUAAAUAUAUAUAUAUAUAUAUCUAAGAUAUAUUUUGUUGAACUUUCAAAAGUAUUGGCAGUAAUUGAGGUCUAUUCGAUGUUCAAUUGAGAUUAUUUUUCUAUAUUUUAUUAUUAUUAUUUUGUUUUUUGUUUAUUUCAUUUUCAGAUACAACGUAGGAACCCUUUGACAAAAUGUCCAGUUUAUGAAUUUUCGAAAUAUUGACAUUUCUUUGCAUUUUGUUUCGUUCAUUUUAUUUUCUUUCUUUUUUUUUUUUGUUUUAUUUUGUUUUAGUUUUAUUUUAAGAAUAAAAAGAUGUGUAUGCUGAAAAUACUGUACAAAAAAUACCAGUUACAAUAUUUCGUAAAUUACAACGAUCCUCCUGAGAUUUAUUAUUAUCGAUAAAAAUCGAUUUAAAAUAAAAUAAAAUAAAAUAAAAUAAAA